UCGAUUAAUACACUAUGGGUUCUGGAAUAGGUAGACAUCAGCAACACAUAGGUACCCUCUCAAUCGCACCUCGUGUACCUUGGAGAGAAAGGCGGAAAUACUUUUGCACAUAAAAGUCAAUACCGAAAACACUUUCUCUCGUAAACAAGUCUUUAAACCCCGCGGGGUUAUCCGGCAUAGGAUCAAUUAGUGGCAUGACAUGACAAUGGUUCUUGUAUAUAUACGUCUGUCAUCUUUGACUCUUCAGCUGAAAUGUAAUAGUUUCAUCCACAACCAGCACAAUAUAGCCUCAUCUCAUUGCAUAUAUCUAUAAUAUUCACCUACGUAAUUAAACUCAUCACUGCAAAUACAGAAGGAAAGGAAUAACCUACAAUGGCCGACUUAUCUUCUGUUUUCAAACAAGCCUUCUUCCCUGGAAAGCCGACUUACACAGAGAAGGAUGUCCCGGACUUGACUAAUAAGGUCACCGUCGUCACGGGAUCCAACACUGGUAUCGGCAAGGAGAUCGCUCGAAUUCUCUACUCUAAAAAUGCCAAGGUUUACCUAAUGGCACGAUCUGAAGAGAAGACGAAGAAUGCCAUCGACAGCAUCAAGGCCGCUACUCCAGAGUCUAGAGGCGAAUUGGAAUAUAUCCACCUCGACCUAGCCGACCUCCCAAGCAUCAAGACGACAGCUGAGGAGUUCCUUAGUAGAGAGCAAAAACUUGAUAUCCUUUUCAACAACGCUGGCGUCGCGUACCCAGAGAAGGGAUCCAAGACGAAGCAGGGCUACGAACUCCAACUCGGCGUGAACUGCCUCGGCACAUUUGCCUUGACACAACUCUUGACGCCGAUCCUAGUAUCAACAGCGAAGACGGCGCCUCCCAACAGCGUUCGCGCAAUCUGGCUAUCGUCUUCGGCCGCCCUGAGCAUAGAUCCCAAGGUCUUCCUAAAGGGCGUGCACAACAUCGAGAAGCAAGGAGAGAUGGACAAGUACUUCAUCAGCAAGCUCGGGAACUAUUUACAUGCUGCCGAGUACGCAAAACGCCAUAAGGCAGAUGGUGUGCUGGCCGCCUCGUUGAAUCCCGGAAAUCUCGACUCGGACUUGUGGCGCACUCAGGGGCCUAUUACAACUUUCCUCCUCCGGAAGCUGGUUUUCUACCCGGUCGUUUACGGCGCGUACACGGCUCUUUAUGCUGGACUUUCGCCUCAUAUCACCUCCGACAACUCUGGCGCCUUCGUUGCCCCGUGGGGGAAGAUCUGGAAUGUCUCAAAAGGGAUGUCCAACGCAUCGAAGAGAAAGUCUGAAGGCGGUAGUGGGAUCGGGGAGGAAUUUUGGCAGUGGAGCGAAGAGCAGGUUAAGAAGUAUCUCUGAUUGAUGUUUAAGGGUUUGCGCGUGUAUUAAUUUGGCAUUGGGACAUGAGAUGUAAGCGACAUUGGGAUUUAUAGAUUUGCCUUGUGCUUGAAUUACGAGUGUUUUAAUUUUUAGUUUUUAUGGACUAUACCUUUUGUCGACAGUCAUUUCAUCACGUUGAAGGAUG